UCGACUAGAGAGAGAAAGAGAGAAAAAAAGUUGAAGAGAGAGAAGAAUGGACGCGAACAAGAGAGAGAGAGGCGGACAGAAAGACAAACAAUGAGCGGAUUCAAUCCGAUCUAAUGCAAAUUUGACGUCCGCAAUAAAAACCCUCCAGAGUGUACCCGCAUUCUAUCUCUCCCCCCCCCCCCCUCUCUACUCCCUGCUCAUCUUUCUCCCUCUAAAAAGGUCGUGCGCCUUCGAUUCCGAGGUGACUUUUCCCGCAUCCACUGAUACUUACACACUCGACCGUGCCUGUAUCUGUACUUGCCUGUUAAAUUUUGGGGGAAGGGUUUUGUAAUUUUGUUGGGUAGGAAGUUAUUUCGAUUAAUUGAUGGUCGAAGAGGAGGAAGGGAUAGUGGAGAUUGAAGUGGCUUUUAACUUCAGUAUCGCGGGUUUGACGGAUUUCGUUGUCGAAAUCCUACUCAGGGAUUGAUAGGACAGGGUGUGAAAGAUUUUGACUUGGAUAGACGAAUACCUCGUUGGAUGUUGAGAGAAAAAAGUUAGUUAAUCUGAUACGAUAAAUUCUUAUUUUCUCAACUUGAUGCCAUACUCACCCAUCACAUGUUACAUUUGACCUUUUAAGGAUCCUAAGAUUCGAUGAUUGUGUGUAUAAUUUUAUUAGCAGACUUAUCAGUUUACUUUUGAGUUUGUAGGGUUUGUGUACACUUUUCAGAAAAGAUGGUUGCGCAAGGGCCUCCUACACCGCACGGUGGAGGCCACUCUGUUCCGCCUUCUUUAUUGAGGUCAAAUUCGGGUCUGUUGGGUGGUCAAGGGGUUGGAAUGCCUUCACAGAAUUCGUUUCCUUCUUUGGUGUCUCCUCGCAAUCAGUUUAGUAAUAUGAACAUGCUCAGCAAUGUGCCGAAUGUUUCAUCCCUGCUUCAUCAGUCAUAUGGUAAUGGGGGCUCGGGUUCUGGAACCUCCCAGCGAGGGAUUAAUGAUGGUGGGGCGGAACAAGAUCCACUCUCUGGCGUUGGAACUGGUAUGGGGUUUAAUCAUCCUUCGUCCUCUUUCAUGUCUUCCCCAGUGACAGCCAAUCCACAUUCAUCCGGUGAAGUUCAAGGGCAGCAGCAAUUCUCGAACACUUCUGCCAACCAUAUGUUGACAAACCAGCAGCAAUCUCAGCAACUUGAUCCUCAGAAUUUUGAACACAAUCAGCAGCAGUUGCAGCAGUUUUCGGUCCCGAGCAAUCCCCAGCAACAGCAACAAUCACAACAGCAGCAGUUUCAAGCGAUGCAGUCUGGACUGGGAGGUGUCGGUCAAAUUAAGUUGGAGUCUGGAACUAAUGAGCAAGCAACACAGCAGCUGCAAUCUUUGCGGAAUCUUGGUUCGAUGAAAUUGGAGCCUCAGCAGCUGCAAAGCAUACGAAACUUGGGCUCGGUGAAAAUGGAACCCCAACAUUCGGACUCUUCUUUGUUCUUGCAUCAACAGCAACAGCAGCAGCAGCAACAGCUCCUUCUCUCACGGCAGUCACCUCAAGCUGCUGCUGCCGCACAGAUUUUUCAUCAACAGAGGCUAAUGCAAUUUCAACAACAGCAGCAACUCUUGAAAUCUAUGCCUCAACAAAGGUCUUCACUGCAACCACAGUUCCAACAACAGAAUUUGCCUCUGAGGUCUCCUGUAAAACCAAUUUACGAGCCUGGAAUGUGUGCCAGAAGGCUGACACAUUAUAUGUAUCAGCAGCAACAUAGACCUGAAGACAAUAACAUUGAGUUUUGGAGAAAAUUUGUUGCUGAGUACUUUGCUCCUAAUGCCAAGAAGAAGUGGUGUGUCUCGAUGUAUGGAAGUGGUCGCCAAACUACUGGUGUAUUCCCUCAGGAUGUGUGGCACUGUGAAAUCUGCAACCGCAGGCCUGGUCGUGGAUUUGAGGCAACUGCUGAGGUUCUUCCCAGACUGUUCAAAAUAAAAUAUGAAAGUGGUACUUUGGAAGAAUUGCUCUAUGUUGAUAUGCCUCGUGAGUAUCAGAAUUCUUCUGGUCAAAUAGUUCUGGAUUAUGCAAAAGCCAUACAGGAGAGCGUUUUUGAGCAACUUCGUGUAGUUCGUGAUGGCCAGCUUCGAAUUGUCUUCUCUCCGGACCUUAAGAUCUGUUCUUGGGAGUUUUGUGCUCGACGCCAUGAAGAGCUUAUUCCUAGGAGAUUGCUGAUACCCCAGGUUAGCCAACUUGGUAAUGCUGCCCAAAAAUGUCAGACUUCAACCCAGAAUGCAUCGACAAAUAUCACUGCUUCCGAGCUACAAAGUAACUGCAAUAUGUUUGUAUCUUCAGCUCGUCAACUGGCGAAGGCAUUGGAAGUUCCGUUGGUAAAUGAUUUGGGCUAUACAAAGAGAUAUGUGCGGUGCCUUCAGAUAUCAGAAGUUGUUAAUAGCAUGAAAGAUCUUAUCGAUUAUAGUCGUGAAACUGGAAAAGGCCCUAUGGAGAGCCUAACCAAAUUUCCUCGAAGAACUGCCUCGCCCGCAUCCCGAGUUCAAUCUCAACAACCCGAGAGUCAGGUCCAGCAUCAGUCACAAUCAAUGGGUCAAAGUCAGGUCCCGAACCAGCAGCAGCCGCAAUCGAUGGGUCAAAGUCAGGUCCCGAAUCAGCCGCAGGCGCAGUCGAUGGGACAAAACGGUCAGAACUCGAAACUCAAUAACCCGAUCCAGCCUGCCUCUAUGCAACCCUCGAGUAAUGGUCCCUCGAGCGGCGGUAGCAACGUGAACGUGGCUACGACGUCGUCUGCUGCUACCAUUCCUGUGAUGCUACAUCAAAAUUCGAUGAAAUCCCGGCAGCAAAACCCUUCGCCGGCGAAUACUCGUUACGGAAAUGCCGUUCAGAUGCCCCCCUCAAGCCCCCUGCCACAGACUCAACCGACUCCGCCCCCUAUGCAGUCCCCGAACCCGACACCAGCUAAUAUCCGGCCGCCGUCGCACGGAAAUCUGCCGGGAACUCAUGCGGCUUCACCAAAUGUUGCGAUGCAGCAACAGUCUCUGUCCGGUGACGCUGACGCAAACGACUCUCAGAGCUCGGUCCAGAAAAUCUUACAUGACAUGAUGUCCUCGCACCUCAACCGCGGCGGGCUGAUGGGGAGCAACGUGAAGAACGUGAACGGGAACGUUCUCGUCGGAAACGGAGUGGCGAAUAUCAAUCCGAGCUCAAACUUUGGAACUGUCCCGAACGGAUUUGGCCAUGCCGCUGGGGUUAAUGGGUCUAAUUUGGAUCACGGCAACGACUCGUCCAUUAAUGGCCGAGUUGGAAUGCCGAUCAAUCAGCAGCAGGAUUCGAGCAAUCAGCUACUCAGCAGCCUCGGAGCCGUGAACGGGUUCGAUGACCUUCAGUUCGACUGGAAGGCGUCGCCAUAAUCGUUCGCCUGUUUUUUUUUCUAUUUUUCUUAAUUCCGGUGUCGUCCGUUUAUUUAGAUCUUAUAUCGUUUCCGGUGACUUAUGGAAGUGCGUAUACUUGAGACAUGUAAGUAGUGCAUUGCUUGCUUCCAGUUGUGGUAAAAAUCGAAGGGAAUCGAAAGCUGUGGUUUACAUCUUUGUGGCGCCCCGAAAGCUCGUCGCAAAGGAGCCUUCCGGAACCUUCUAGAAGACGGCGGACGAGCUGGGGCGACCUUCGGCGAGCAUGUAAACUACUCUUGCUUUCUAUAGUUGAUAGUUGUCGUCUAUUUCCUCCUUAGCCUGCGAGUGUAUAGUCGGGUUUUAAUCGUUGCGAGAUUUGAUUGAUUGUUACUCUCUAGAUUCCUAUACUCAUCUUUUGUCGCAGAAA